GAAGCGCCAAGCCAGACAAGCGUGGGACAACCCCGGUCAGCAAAGUGGGACCGUCGUGGAUUGCGCCGCAAUUGAACUUCAUGGAACCUCCCGGCGGGCGACGGCACACGCACGGCCUUCCAUCUCGAGUCUCGAAAUCGCGGGACAGCAGCUGCCGAAGCUCUCAAACGACGCCCAACGCCGACGCCGACGCCGAAGAUAGCGAACGAGAUCGUGUUUACCCUCAUUUGACAGGUCACAGUCAGAGUUAGAGGUAUGUCGACCUACGCUCCAGCAUUAACUUCCGCACCGCAAUCGCAGUUCCAAUCUCCAUCGUCAACCAGUGUCCUUGCUCGUAACUCACACCCACUACGUCCACUCUCCACGAACUCCACCAACCCCUUCGAGUCCACGAGUCAGUUUCACUAACACCCUCCCCCGUUGCGCCCGUCACCAUAGAAACGAAACGACAACAAAACAAACACCGAUAAACAACAAUGUCCGGCACACUCCCUCACUUCUGGGCCCAGCCCUUCCGCUACCUACGCUGGUCGGCCCGCGAGAAGCCGGCCUACUUCUACUCGUGCGUGAUCGCCGGGCUCGGCCCGGUCUUCCUGACGGUGGUGCCGCCUGUGCGCAAGUACUUUGGGGAUGUCAACCCGGCGUUGAUUCCUGUUACUUAUCCUAUUCCCACCGGCCCUAGGAAGCAACUUACGGGUUUUGAUGAUGAUACCGAGGAGGCAUAGAUAGAGAAGGACGGAGGUGGCCGAUGGAUAGGUAAUGGUUCGGUUUUGUGCUGAAAGCCUGGAUGAGAGAGAGAAAAAGACAACUAAGCGGAUAGACAGGACGCUCUUGCUGUGAACAUAAAGGACUACAGAAACUUUUUAGACGACGCAGACGGCGGGGAGUCUGGAGGAAUAUCAGAAUACAGGAUGAUAUAUACCAGAUGAGACAAGAUCGACUGACUGGCUUUCCUUUGCCUUUGCUCUCCACAAGAGGUUGCCGCUGGGAGAUGGGAUGAGCGGGACGGGAUUAUACACAUUGUGUGCUAUAAGACUUCAUAAGGUCAAGAUAUUUGACUAUGGAUACCUCUAGGCAGGUAACAACGAGAAAGGCUUUUGAG